AAUUUACCUCGCAAAUGGAUAAAUGGUUCUGAAAUGGACAAUCAUCUACACAUUAGUAUGUAUUCUGGGUAUGUUCAACAUCAUCCUCAUCUUGGAUUCAAACUACGAAGGCAGAAGUGGGGCUCUGACAUGGAUGUUCAUCUUCAUAGCAGUAUUUGGAGUGAUUCUGGUUGGGUUCGUCAUCUUCAUCUAUUUUCUAUACAAAGGCGGAUAUUCUGCCAAUGAUCUGAAAUGGAUGAUCAUCUUAAUACCAGUAUUAUUUCUGGAUAUGUUCAACAUAAUCAUCAAUUUCAUAUAUGAUGGCAUAAUAGUGGAUCUGACAUGGAUGUACAUCCUGAUAGCAAUAUUUGGAGUGAUUCUGGUUGGGUUCAUCAUCAUCAUCAUCUAUUUAACAUUCAAGCAUGGAAACAGGUAUCUCAUAUGGAAUGUCAUAUACUUGGCGCCUUGUAUUUUGAGUUUAUUCAACAUCAUCAUUUUCAUGUACAAAGCCAUAAAUGAGGAUCUGACAUGGAUGUUCUACUUAACAGCGGUAUUUGGAGUGAUUCUGGUUGGCUGCAUCAUUGCCAUCAUCUAUUUAAAAUACAAAGACACAAGCUAUGAUCUGAAAUGGAUGCUCUUGUUAAUAGCAGUUUGUAUUCCGGUUGUGUUCAACAUCAUCAAUUCAUUAUACAGAGCCGUAAGAGGGGGUCUGACAUGGAUGAUCAUCUUAACAGCAAUAUUUGGAGUGAUUCUGGUUGGUUGCAUCAUCAGCAUCAUCAUCAUGUAUUUGAGAUACCGAGCCAGAUUCUGGACUCUGAAAUGGACGUUCAUGUUAACAGCACUUUGUAUUUCGGGUGUGUGCAACAUCAUCAAUUUAAUAUACAAAGGCAGAAAAGGGGAUCUGACCUGGAUGUUCAACUUCAUACCAGUAUGUAUGCUGGUUGGUUUCAUCAUCAUCAUCAUCUAUUUAAUAUACAAAGGCAUCACCUUUCUCAGACGCAAACGGAGAGAAGACGAAGCUGCUGAAAGGGACUGGCAAGAGUAUCUUCAAUGGAAGAAAAAGGGAGAAGCUGAUGAAAGGAGAUGGCAAGAGUUCCUAGAAAGGUUGGAUGAGGGAGAAGCUGCUGAAAUGAGAAGGAAAGAGUAUCAAGAAAGGAAGGAUAAGGGAGAAGCUACUGAAAGGACAUGGCAAGAGUAUCUAAAAUGGAGGAGAGAGGAGUAUCGUAGAUGGUUGGAUAAGGGAGAAGCUAAUGAAAGGACGUGGCAAGCGUAUCUAAAAAGGUACGAUAUGGGAGAAGCUGCUGAAAGGACAUGGCAAGAGUAUCUAAAAAAGAAGAGAGAGGGAGCUGCUGAAAGGAACUGGCAAGAGUUCCUAGAAAGGAAGAAUGUGGAGCAUCUUGAAUGGAGGAGAGAGGGAGAAGCUACUGAAAGGACAAGGAAAGAGUAUCUAGAAAGGUUGGAUAAAGGGCAUCUUGAAUGGAGGAAAAAGGGAGAAGCUGCUGAAACGAGAUGGCAAAAGUUCCAAGAAAGGAGGGAUAAGGGAGAAGCUCCUGAAAGGAACUGGCAAGAGCAUCUUCAAUGGAGGAGAAAGGGAGAAGUUGCUGAAAGGGACUGGCAAGAGCGCCUAGAAAGGUUGGAUACGGAGAUGUCAGAAAUGCUUCCACCUGUCCAAGAAACAUCCACCCAGAACCAGGAAACUGCUGAGUCCCCAGAUCCCAGUAAUGAAACUGAGGAGUCACCAAUGAUUCCUGAUAACGCUGAAACACGCUGUUGAUGGAUGAACAGACAGCAAAUCCAGAAGAUGAGGCCCAAAGCUGAAGUACUUUGGGUUUGUUUUUACUAUAAAAAAAAAACCUGCAGGAUUAUACCAAACAACAGAUUUGUUGUCUGUCAGGGUUUCAUCACUGGAUGUAACUGCUUUGGGCUGAUCCUUCCCAACAGAUGUGACUACAAACAGAGUUAAAUGCUGACAGCUGUGAGCAGGACUGUGUGAAAUACCUGCAGCCAGGUGGAGGUUUGUGGUUGUGUAUCUCUAAAUCAAUCCAUUAAGUUGGCAGUUAUUGUUUUUGUUCACCCAAAUGUCUUGAUUUUACAUUUUGCUCUGUUUCAUUGUCUCUUUCAUGAGCUGUAGUUUAGUUUUUAGUGACUCUAACUUAGAUUUAAGUCUAAAAAAGAAAAGAAGAAAUUUUAAUUAUUUUGUGAUGCCUUUGAACUCAUAAUAUUAAUACCAACAUGAGCAUUUGGUGGCACAAUAUUAAGACUCAGUGUCACUGUAAAGAUGUAAUUUUUUAUUGUAGAGAAAUACACUCGACUAUGCAGGAUGUGUUAAAACAGCCCAGAAACUAAACAGUUUACAAAUGGAAACUCAUGUUGUUGUGUGUUGCAGCCUAAACAUUUUAUCAGAUAUAAUUUAUUCUUUGAUCAAUCCUCACUUGAAAAGGCUGAUUUUUUUUUAUACUUACUGUAUUUUCAUACUUCCAAGUGAACUUCUUAAGAAAGUUUAGAGUUAUGAGAAUCAUCUAACCUUCACCAGAGCCAAAUUAAAUACAGUACAUAUCCAGCUCAUGAGGGUCAGAUGAUUACUGGCUUCUACAGGAAGUUCUGAGGUCUGAGGAACAUUUUUAAACUGCUAACAUGCCAAAGAGAAGAAACAAGUUAUUGAUUGUGGAGGUAAAAACCUCGGCAGAUGAUCCAGAACGUGGUGGCACGUCUGGUUUUCAACCAGCCCAAAACAGCACACGUCAUCCUGCUGUUCAUGUCCCUCCACUGGCUCCCAGUUGCUGCCAGCGUCAAAUUCAAAACCCUGACAUCCGCUUACAAAACAGCAACUUAAACGGCUCCCACCUACCUGAACUCUCUCAUUCAGGUCUACACUCCCUCCUGCUCACUACGCUCUGCCAAUGAAAGGCGCCUGGUACCACAACAGGGCUCUAAGUCGCUACUAGACUCUUCUCUUCUGUAGUUCCUCGGUGGUGGAACGAGAUACCAAACUCUGCAGAGUCCCUCUCAAUCUUUAAGAAAAGACUGAAGACCCAGCUCUUUCACAAACACCUCUGCACUUGAUGGAC